ACUUGGCAAGGAAGCUACCUAAAAUAAGAACUUGCCAUUGAGCUUAGCGUGUGUGUGUGUGUGUGUUUAUAUAGCAGCACGCAUCAGCUGCAAGAACGAACAAGAAAGGCUACUUGGAGUCGCGCCGGCGCCGCCCGAGCGAGCGGCAUGACCCCCGAGGCCGCCUUCGCGCUGGAGAUCGCCGUGGUGGCCGCCUUGGUGGUGCUCAUCGUCGCCAUCGUCGUCGCCUCCCCGGGCGCCUGCCGCGAGCCCGCCGCCGGCGCGGGGCGCGCCGCCGCGGUGCACGACGUCGAGCGCGCGCUCGGGGCCGGCACGCUCGUGACGUACGAGCAGGCGAAGAAGGCGGGGGCCGGGAAAGGGAGCGGCGGCGGGACCGGGACGGCGGGCGAACGCUGCGCCAUCUGCCUGUCCGACUACGACGGGGGCGGCGGCGAGCUCGUGCGGGUGCUGCCGGCGUGCGGCCACUUCUUCCACGCGGAGUGCGGCGUCGACGGGUGGCUCCAGAAGGGUGGGGCGUGCCCGUACUGCCGCGCCGCGCCGUGGCCGCUGCCGAGACCGCCGAGGCCGGAGUGCGCCCCGAUGCCGCCGCGACCGAGCGGGCCGCGCCACCGGUAGCCCGCCGUACCGGGCGCGCGCGAAUCAGCUCCUGCUUCCACUACUGUUACUUGAUUACCUGCUAGGAUUCUUGAUAAGCUUAUCUCACUAUGCAUCGAUCCGAUGGGCAACAUCUGAGAAACCAGAUGACCAUUGUAAAUGUCCAUUUAUUUUGUGAGGAGGGAAUGGGGAAUUAAUCUGCACAACAUGUCGUGAUCUAUUCGUGAUCACUUGUAUGAAAUCUCACAUUGCAUUUUUACA